AUGAAUCUUUGUUAUUAAAAUGCUUAAAAAGAAUAAAUGCACUAUUUUUUUGUAUCUUCCAAUGAUUAUUACAAUCAGAGCCCUGCCUCGGAGGAGAGUAGUUUCAGGAGUAGUCCCCUGAGAGCUCACAAAACAAGAUACAAAGAAAUUUAUCUGCGUUUAAAUGAAGCUCUUAGUUUUUAAUAGAACCUCAAUUUUUAAAUACCCGAUCAAUUAAGAGGUUUAAUAAAAUUCAUCAUUAAGCUAUAAUUAAAACCCAUGAAAGCAUAUAUUAGAGGAAAGGGGGAAGGUAAGUUUGAUAGACAGUACUAUUAUUUGGUAUUUGUAAAUCUCCAUUUACUUGUAUUUGACAGAUGA